GAUGCUUCCUGGUAAGAGGAAGAGCACCUCUAAGUGUCACCGAACGUCUUCUAGAUGAUAUAAGUGCAUGUUUACACCUUGGCAGUCAUUAGCAUAUCUUGACACACCAUUUAAACUGUCGACAACAUCUGAUUGUACGCAACUUCCAUAUUAAGUUUACAGCUUUUCUGCUGCUAUAUUCUCUCACUGUGAUGAAAUGAAGAGAGUGUGAGAGCGGGCAAGGAAGGAAAACACAAGAUUUCUUGUGACUUCCUCACUUCUCUCUAUAGCAUUUGUAUGUCGUGUGUAUGUGCGUAAGAGUGUGUGUGUGUGUUCAUGUGUGUCUGUGUGUGUGCAUGCGCAAGCUGGCUAGCUUUUCUGGUAGCAGCUCUGCACCACUGCACCUGCUCUUCAGGCUGCAAGCACGAGAGAGGAGAUGCAUGUCAAAAAGCCAGACAGGAAGAAGCCUCGUACCUUUUUGAGAGCGACAAAAGGUUUCAGCUUGAGUUGAUUGACGUCAGUUUGGUCAAAGAUAGGACAUCAGGGAGCCGUGAUGACAGAAACUGGCUGAUCUGUACCUGAAACAAAAUCCACUUUGCUGGUGGCCAGUGGACGAGACCAAAAGGGAAGCUGCAGGCACUGAAGAGUGCAGACGAAUGGAUGCCAUGUUAGAAAGGCUGAUACAGACAGAACCUCUUCUACACAGAGGACAGAGAAUCGGGCACCAGUGAUGAUCCCUACAUCCUCACUCCACAGGAAGGAGCAUCCCGCAACUGGCGUACCACCAAAAUACACAUCUACACACCUGCACGGACCCCCCCCGCCUCUCCCACGACGAGAAACAGCCGAAUAUUCCUCUCUGUCUUUUUCAUUUACACUCAAGAACUUGCUGACGUGUGGAAACAAAGUGUGGCACCUCACAGGGGCAUCUAUGAAAGUCCAAGAAGUUCAACCAUCUUAAGUGGUGUGAAUGAGAUUUGUUGCUGUCACUCAGAGGGGUGUUCAUCUUCGUGCACAUCGCUCCCAUUUCACACCAGCACCAUAGAGACCAGGACAGAAAUUUAACUGGGAGAGCAGAAAGCUCUGGACUGGAGACACCAUGCAGUCAGAUGACCUCUUCAUCCGCAAGUUUCGGCGGCAGAAUGUGCGGCCACCUAUUGCCACCGUCAGCUUUGACCCCAAACGGGAAGCGGGCGUAGUGGAGUGGCCGCCCAGGAGGGAUGGUGAUGGAACCGACGGUGACAGCCUCACUCCGAGCCGCGUGGGGCUGAACCUGAGGUCAGUGGGCCGGGGCCACAUCAUGCAGAGGAGUAACAGCGAUGUUACCCUAGGAGACCUGGACUCCUCCGGGAAGGCGGGGGGGAAAGCCGUGCGGGCAGGCGGGGAGAAGGCGGGCGUGGGGGCUCAGGGUGACUCAGGUGUGCUGCUACACAGGGAAUACGGCAGCCUGUCCUCACUGGAGAGACAGACUCAAGCUCAGGAGCCGAGCACAGACGACCAGGGGCCCCUGAGUCCAAAUGCCCUCCGCUUCAAAGACCCUUUCCUGCUUUUAGGACUGCAGGGCAACCCUCCAGAACCCGAUGGAUUCUUUCGGGGCCUGUCUGCUUCCACUGGGGACUCCCCAAAACCCGCCAAACCGCCGAAGCCUGAAGGUCUAAGUAAGAAGUCCAAACCCGGGCCCCCUCAGAUCCCUCAACCAGGUCCGUAUGACAACAUCGGGGGCGGAGCCUGGGUGAGGAGCUUUGCCCACUACGACGUUCAGAGCAUCCUGUUCGACCUCACCGAGGCAGCCACCAACAGAGACAGCAUCGGGCGGAAAAAGAACAUCACCUCAGGGGCUUCGGCCGCCUCCCAGCUGCGCCCGCUCUCCCAGGCCACCCCCUCCUCACCUGCGCAGGGUGGGGCAGGCAAUGGGGGGAACGCUGACGACCCCGAGCAGUCUCUGCUGCUGGACGAAGGGGACGGCAAUGACAACGAGCUCCUGCUCAGCUGUCCCCACUUCCGCAACGAGACGGGGGGAGAAGAGCAGGUGGGCCUGGGUCGAUCCCAAGGCCGGCGGGGGCUCUGGUCGAGCCUGCGAACCCCCAAUGAUGCAGUGUCGGUCCUGGAGGAGCCCAGAGAGAGUCACGUCCAACAGCAGGGCAAGAGCAACUACUUUAUAGAGCAUGCAGAUCUGGGAGCUCAUUACUAUCGCAAAUAUUUCUACAUGAAAGAACAUCAGAAUUUCUUCGGCAUGGACGACCGCCUCGGUCCAGUGGCCAUCAGUUUCCGUCGAGAGGAGAAAGAAGGGACCAGCGGAGCUCAGUACAAUUACAGAAUCAUCUUUCGCACCACAGAGAUGAAGACGCUGCGAGGCUCCAUCUUGGAGGAGUCGGUACCCUCUGCUGCUCGUCACACGACCCCCAGGGGCUUGUCUCCCAAGAGACUGCUGGAGUUCAUCAUGCCUGAGCUGAACCUGCACUGCCUCCGCUUGGCCUCAAACUCCCCCAAGGUCCGGGACACUCUGCUGAAGCUGGACGAACAGGGGCUGAAUUUCCAGCGAAAGGUCGGGGUGAUGUACUGCCGGGCAGGGCAGAGCUCAGAGGAAGACAUGUACAACAACGAGAGCUCCGGGCCAGCGUUUGAGGAGUUCCUGGAUCUGCUCGGGGAGCGGGUGCGGCUCAAGGGCUGGGAGAAAUACAGAGCCCAGCUGGACAACAAGACGGACUCAACUGGGACACAUUCCCUCUACACGCGCUACCAGGACUAUGAGAUUAUGUUUCAUGUGUCCACCAUGCUGCCCUACACAGCCAACAACACACAACAGCUGCUGAGGAAGCGACACAUUGGAAACGACAUCGUGACAAUCGUUUUCCAGGAGCCGGGCGCGCUGCCCUUCACUCCGAAGUCCAUCCGCUCCCAUUUCCAACACGUCUUCAUCAUCGUUCAGGUUCAUGAGCCCUGCACCGACAACACCUACUACAGGGUGGCUGUGACACGCUCUAAAGACAUCCCAUUGUUUGGCCCGUUGUUCCCCAAGGGCGCCCGAUUCCCUCGCUCGCCUGCCUUCAGAGACUUCCUCCUGGCGAAGGCAGUGAACGCUGAAAACGCAGCGGAGAAAUCAGAGAAGUUCCGCUCCAUGGCCACCCGCACGCGGCAGGAAUACCUGAAGGACCUGGCCGAAAACUACGUGACCACGACGCCCAUUGACUCCUCCACCAAGUUCCCCUUGCUCUCUCUGGGAGGCAAGCGCAAAGACAAGCUGAAGGGCGCCAAAGGUGCCGAGCUGCACAGUGCUGGGGCGCUGGUGUGGGCCGUGAUGGUCUGCAGCGGAGAAGAAGGGGAGGCAGGAGAGCACAGGCUCCCCUGUCUGCUCGGGGUGUCGGCCGAGUCGGUGGUGCUCAUUGAGAGGUGCACACGCCGGGUGGUGUUUAACUGCUCCUGCCGAGAUGUCAUUGGCUGGAAAGCAGUGAUUGAGACUAAGGAGGGGGGACCUUGCUUGGAUAUCUUCUAUGAGCGUGGGGAGUCUGUGUCUAUCAGCGUGAUGGAGAGUCAGGCGGAGGAUAUACGAGAGGUUGUGCAGAGGCUAGAGCUGGUUACACGGGGCUGCGAGGCGCUGGAGGUCACCCCCCUGCGUGACGGAGUCGGCCAGCCCGGUUUCCUGAUGAACGAGGAAGGCUUUGUGACGGAGCUGCAGAGGUUCUGCUACGCUGAGAGCGGAGGCCUGCAGCUCUGGGCCCGCGUGGUGCGGCUGUGCGGACACUCACUGGUUCACCUGAGCCCUGAGGAGAGGACCAGACUGCUACGCACUGCGCACAAGAUCCACAUCACUGUCAUCCCGCCGGAUGAGAAUGGCAAGCCUCGCAGAAGUUUCUCUGAGCUGUACCAGAAAGCCAUCAAAGACGCAGAGUGCAAGCCUGGCGAAGAUCAGUCGGGAGAGGCCUGGGUGCUGGAUGAGAGGGAAGAAGAGGAGGAGGAGGAGGAUGAGGAGAAGGAGGAGGCGAAGGAGGACGAGCUGCGGGCGGGUGGGGUCGGCGAAGCGGACGCAACAGAGGUGCAGGCUGAGGCCGAGGAGGGCGAGGAGUGGUCGCGUGGUAAAGGGCAAAGCGAGAGAAGCCAUGACUCCCUCCUCACGCCACCCAGCUUACCUUUGUUACGGGCCACUUCUCUGCAGGACCAGCCGGCCAAUCAGAGCCAGGAGGGCAGCGCCUCGCAGCUCACACGCAGCUUCUCUUUGGAGAGGCAGCCAUCCUACAAGGAUACAUGUGAUGGGCACGUGUACGACAACGUGGGGCAGAAAGUGGAACACCACAUCUAUGAAAACAUCGGGGAGCUGAGAGAUGCCACACCUGAUCUGAUCCUGGCCGUCAAACCCAAGGUUCCCCUGGAGGAUGAACAGUUCAUGGGGGCUGAGUUCGGUGACGACAAAGCUUCGGCGAGCGACUCCUCUCUCUCGUCUUCCCGGCUUUCGUGUGUAGACCGAGCCGAAAGAAACUCACGAGCCCUAAGUCUUCAUAAUUCCAUCACCAAGAUUCUCUCAGAGACGACAGAUUCGACUGAGGAGGAGUGGCAGUCCAUCGCAGACCUGGCCACAGCCUGCCGCAGCAUCCUGGAGGCUUUGUCACGAGAGGACCGCAAAGCUGGAGACCCCUCCCAGGCAGCAGCUGACCAGACCGAUGGCAAGCUGAAAGACUCAAAGGAGAGUGACUCUCCAGGCCACCUAGAGGAGAAGGUAUCGCAGCUGGAGGCCAUGCUGAAGAAGCUGCAGGAUGACCUGCAAAAGAUUUUGAAAGAAAACUGUACAGAGAAGGAGGACAAGGCGGUGCUGCAGGCCGAGGUGCAGAGCCUCAGGCAGAACAAUCAGCGGCUGCAGGAGGAGUCGCAGAGCACGGUGGCCCGCCUCAUCAAAGUCACCGAGUUGCUGUGCAACGUCAACAAGCCCUGUUAGCUUCACCGCCGCACGCACAAACACAAACGAAUCAGCGGAAAGAUGCAAAUCGUACAGCAUCCUUGUACGCUCAGUCACGCUUAUUUUGUUCAUACAUAUUUGCAAAAGCAAACAAACCCACUCACACACACACCUAUCCUCUCCAGCCUGUGUAUUACCACAGUCUCUGUCCUGAAUCCUGGACCUGCCUGUUGGUGAGGGAGUAUGCAAAUCAACUCAUAAAAAAGAAAAAACAAAUGACAUUUUCAAAUUUUCCAUGACCUUCAUAGACUGACCAAUGUGCAGCUCUCAGGCUGCUGUGUUGGUGUGCUAUGCUGGAGUGCUUCUCUUGGUGUGUGUGUGUGUGUGUGUGUGAUACAGUAUGUGUGUGGAUGUGUGCCACAUGAGUGUAUGUGUGCGUGCAUCUGUAUGUGUGCAUCUCUUACUGUACCUUGCUUCAAAUACUUGACAAGCUCUGCUGAAUAGCACUUGCAUAAAAAAGUGGCAAUUAAGACUGAGAGACACUGUAUAGCAUGUUUGGUGGUGUCUUAUCUGAAAUGACCAAAAGUGUAUAUAUAUAUCACCAAUAAUGUAUGUUGAACAGUAGUAUUGCUAUCCUCUCUGCCAGAUGUGUAGUUGCGAUGUCUGAGUGUGGUUCUGCCUGGCGCUGCUAGUGUGGAAGGCCUUGAAAUAAAACACAACGAGAGGGGGGAAAAAAAAGGAACAUGACAAUGACAAGCCUGUAGGUCGCCUUCUACUUCAAAAGAUGUAAUGAUGCUAACUGACUCGCCUCAGAGCAAGGUCUGUUACGUAAGGACAUCGUUCUCUGCCCUCUCAGUAGUACUGUAUUUAAGAAAUUCUGGAGUUUUUAGGGAGAGACAAUUUAAAGAAAAAAACCCAUAAAUCAGAAGGGACAUAAACUGGAAAUGUCAAAAAGAAUGAACUGCAUGCUUGUUCCUUCUGGAAGUGUGUAUGGAAACAGUAUUAAAGGAAUACUGAAUAAGGGUCAUACCUCUCCUGAAGACACAGAUGAUGGCAGGAAAGAACUGCUUCAGAUUCCUUCCAUGAUUGCCUGUAGCUGUUUUCUUCUAACCUCACUAUUGUAGCAGCCAUACUGUAGAAGAUCUCCUCCUGCUGGCCUGAACCACAAAAUGCCAAAAGGCAGCUUUUUUUUUCUUUCAGCUGGCAAAAUAGCUUUACAUGUCUGGAUAAAACACCUUGAACUAAUAGUAAAAUACAGAUUAUUGUAUUUAAAUAUGUUUUGUGUUUGGCGGAUGUCUACAGUGACUAUUUUGGGUAAUUGUUUAGUAUGGCUUAUGAGUGGUAGCGGUAAGGACAAUAGGUGAAAUCUUACCAUUCCACCCUGACGUGUGUUUGUGUGUGUUUAUGUGUCAUUUUGCACUUUUUUUUUUUUCUUUUUGCUUUUUUGUUUUGUAAAAUCAGCACUGGACAGGGCACACACUGUACUUUAUUUAGCCUGCCCAGGUUAAGUCCUGCUCAACAUAAGAAGGUGGAUAAGAUCUCAUCCCCCAUCCCUCCACCACACCCCACCCCACCCCCAACACCACCUUUACCUCACCUUUUUUGUGUCCACCUGCUGACGGCGCCCGUUAUCGAACGCGUGCUCAGAGGAGUCGGACUGCUUCUCCUCAGUGCCAACGAAAGAAAAAAAAAAAAAAAAAAAAAAAAAAAAGCCCAGGCAGCUCUCCUGAAUCCCCACUGAAAUGAAAACAGAACUGACUCGACCACAAACUAAACUCCAACUGCAAACUCUGAACUCCAACAAAAAGGAUGCCAAACUUUUGCCAGUCACUCAGACUCUCUUGUUUCUUGUACAAACUUCCUCUUGUAAUUUUAUUUUAGAGUCACUGUGAAUACCUGGUACCAGCAUAUUAAGAUACAGUAUAUACAGAUUAAAUUAUGAAUCUAAACUUUAUCAGUAUGUGAAGAUACUGUAUGUACAGUUGAACUGUUCCAUGUUAACUUAGUGCAUUGGGUUGUGUAUGCCCUCCUUUUUGCAGGAUGAUUAUGCAGACAAGUGUUAACCGUUGCCAUGCAGGCUCCUGUUUCAUCUCCUGUACAUGCCCAAGCCUCAUGACUGAACAACAGGGAGACAUUGGUGUGAGAAGACCUGUUUUACUGUGUCUUGUAUAGUUAUUUAGAUUGUAGGAGGUUGGUCACGCAUGAGAAUGUGCCAAGCAACUUCCAAGCUCCCCCCACUGUAUGUGUGUAUGUAUAAAAAUGUAACUUAUUAAUCAUGCAAAUGUGGAUUUUCUUGUAGCUGUUUAAACUGGAGGGAAGUCAUGAGGAAGAAAAUGUGAAAUAGGGCAGAAAGGAAAGGUGGGCUUGGUUAUAAAUUUUAGUUUCUUUUUGUAGAAAAACCAACAACAAUGAUAUGACGUGACAAAAUCCUAUCUGCAACUCUUGCUUAAUGUGACUAUGGUUCUUAUUAUCAUUCUAACAUUGAGCUAUUUCAUCUAUAUUUAAUAAGGUCUUAAAACACCAUUAGGUACGCCUUAAUGAGUGAAACUCUUCUUUCAGAAUGGAUGGUCCAAACUGGUCAUACUGGUGUUAUGUGAAGGCUUAUUUCUCUGACUUUGUGCCUACCUGAAAAUGUAAUGUAUGUUAACCCGGCUUAGUGAUCUCAUUUCUUUGUCUUCGGUUGCAUUUAACUGAGGUUUUAUGUGGCAGAUGAAGGAUUUUUUUCUAAGAGACCGUCUUAACAUCUGGCCUUUCAUCCGCUGUGCGAGAGAAAAAAGUCGUUGGCUGACAUGUGAUCCGAAAGAACAGAUAAUAAUAAUGAUGAUGAGAGAUGUGUGUUGUUGAUCUCAAGCAUAAAUGAAGGUUUACAGCUCUAUGAGUACCACCGAUUGUUAAAAGAACCGACAAAUAUAUGAUUUUUAAAAGUGAAUUAAAAGGAAAAAAAAGGUGCUUAACAUGA